CCCUCGCGGUUGCAGCAGGACGCGGAGAGGGGACCCUGCGCACCCCGCACCGACCAGCACGAACCAUGGCUUCAGUACCUGCGGAGGCCGAGACCCGCCAGAGGCUGCUGCGCACUGUGAAGAAGGAGGUGAAGCAGAUCAUGGAGGAGGCCGUUACCCGAAAGUUUGUGCACGAGGACAGCAGCCACAUCAUCUCCUUCUGUGCGGCAGUGGAGGCCUGUGUGCUGCACGGGCUGCGGCGGAGGGCUGCUGGCUUCCUGCGAAGCAACAAGAUUGCCGCACUCUUCAUGAAGGUGGGCAAAGGCUUCCCUCCGGCCGAGGAGCUGAGCCGCAAGGUGCAGGAACUGGAGCAGCUCAUCGAAAGCGCGCGAAACCAGAUCCAGGGUCUGCAGGAGAAUGUGCGGAAGCUGCCGAAACUGCCCAACUUGUCCCCGCUGGCCAUCAAGCACCUGUGGAUCCGCACUGCCCUGUUUGAGAGGGUCCUGGACAAAAUAGUUCACUAUCUGGUGGAAAACAGCAGUAAAUACUAUGAGAAGGAGGCUCUCUUGAUGGACCCUGUGGACGGCCCCAUCCUCGCCUCUUUGUUAGUGGGGCCCUGUGCCCUGGAGUAUACCAAGAUGAAGACCGCUGACCACUUCUGGACAGACCCCUCAGCCGAUGAGCUGGUCCAGAGACACCGGAUCCACAGUUCACAUCUGAGACAGGACUCACCCACCAAGCGACCCGCACUCUGUAUCCAGAAGAGGCAUUCGAGCGGCAGCAUGGACGACCGGCCAUCUGUCUCCGCCCGGGACUACGUAGAAUCCCUGCAUCAGAACUCUAGGGCCACCCUGCUGUACGGCAAGAACAACGUCCUGGUUCAGCCAAGGGAUGACAUGGAAGCCGUGCCAGGGUACCUGUCCCUGCACCAGACGGCUGAUGUCAUGACCUUGAAGUGGACACCCAACCAGCUGAUGAAUGGGUCUGUGGGGGACCUGGACUAUGAGAAGAGCGUCUACUGGGACUACGCCGUGACCAUCCGCUUAGAGGAGAUUGUUUACCUUCACUGUCACCAGCAAGUGGACAGCGGUGGGACUGUCGUGCUGGUGAGCCAGGAUGGAAUCCAGAGGCCGCCCUUCCGCUUCCCCAAGGGUGGGCACCUGUUACAGUUCCUCUCCUGCCUGGAGAAUGGAUUGCUUCCACAUGGGCAGCUGGACCCACCACUUUGGUCACAGCGAGGAAAGGGGAAGGUAUUUCCUAAGCUGCGCAAACGGAGCCCGCAGGGGUCCUCGGAGUCCACAUCAUCAGAUAAAGAGGAUGAUGAAGCCACAGAUUACGUGUUCCGCAUCAUCUACCCUGGCAUGCAGUCCGAAUUUGUGCCUCAGGACCUGAUGGAUGUCUCUGUGAACAAUCUUCCAUCCCUGUGGCAACCCAGUCCUCGGAAGUCCUCCUGCUCUUCCUGUUCACAAAGCGGCUCUGCUGAUGGCGGCUCAUCCAAUGGCUGCAACCAUGAGAGGGCUCCACUGAAGCUGCUCUGUGAUAACAUGAAGUACCAGAUCCUUUCCAGGGCUUUCUACGGAUGGCUCGCCUACUGCAGACACCUGUCUACCGUGAGGACCCACCUGUCGGCCCUGGUCAAUCACAUGAUUGUGUCUCCAGACCUGCCCUGUGAUGCUGGGCAAGGGUUGACCGCCAGCAUCUGGGAGCAGUACAUCCAGGACAGCACGACUUACCCGGAGCCAGAGCUGCUGCGGCUAAUCUACUACGGGGGUGUCCAGCCCGAGAUCCGCAGGGCAGUUUGGCCCUUCCUCCUGGGCCACUACCAGUUCGGGAUGACGGAGAUGGAGAGGAAGGAGGUGGAUGAACAGAUCCAUGCCUGCUAUGCACAAACCAUGUCGGAGUGGCUGGGCUGUGAGGCUAUCGUGAGACAGAGGGAGCGGGAGUCCCACGCGGCCGCCCUGGCCAAGUGCUCUUCAGGGGCUAGCCUGGACAGCCAUCUGCACCGGAUGCUGCACCGGGACUCUACCAUCAGUAACGAGUCCUCCCAGAGCUGCAGCUCAGGCCGCCAGAACCUCCGACUGCAGAGCGAUUCCAGCAGCAGCACACAGGUAUUUGAGUCUGUGGAUGAAGUGGAACAGACAGAGGUAGAAGGCAGGUCAGAGGAGAAACAGCCCAAAGUCCCCAACGGGAACCUGGCAAAUGGCACUUGCUCCCCAGACUCUGGGCACCCUUCGUCCCACAACUUCUCAUCCGGCCUCUCUGAGCACUCCGAGCCCAGCCUUAGCACCGAAGACAGUGUCUUGGACGCCCAGCGCAGCCUCCCCGCUGUGUUUCGACCUGGAGACAGCAGCGUAGAAGACGGACAGAGCAGCGAAGCCACCACUUCCCGGGACGAAGCCCCCCGGGAGGAGCUGGCGGUGCAAGAUAGUCUUGAGAGUGAUCUCCUUGUCAACGAGAGCAUGGAGGAGUUCAUGUCCAUCCCUGGCAGCCUGGACGUGGCCCUGCCUGAGAAGGAUGGCGCCAUGAUGGAGGGCUGGCCCGGCGAGACAGACAAGCACGGCCGGGCUGACAGUGAGGACAACCUCUCUGAGGAGCCGGAGAUGGAGAGCCUCUUCCCUGCCCUGGCUUCUCUGGCUGUGACGUCCUCUGCCAACAACGAGGCAUCGCCUGUGUCUUCCAGUGGCGUCACCUACUCUCCGGAGCUACUGGACCUGUACACAGUGAACCUCCACCGCAUUGAGAAAGACGUGCAGAGGUGUGACCGCAGCUACUGGUACUUCACAGCUGCCAACCUGGAGAAGCUGAGGAACAUCAUGUGCAGCUACAUCUGGCAACACAUUGAGAUUGGCUACGUCCAGGGCAUGUGUGACCUUCUGGCCCCACUGCUGGUCAUCCUGGAUGAUGAGGCCCUGGCCUUCAGCUGCUUCACGGAGCUCAUGAAGAGGAUGAACCAAAACUUCCCCCACGGAGGUGCCAUGGACACGCACUUUGCCAACAUGAGGUCCCUGAUCCAGAUCCUGGACUCAGAGCUCUUCGAGUUGAUGCAUCAGAAUGGGGACUACACCCACUUCUACUUCUGCUACCGCUGGUUCCUGCUGGAUUUCAAACGAGAGCUGGUCUAUGACGACGUCUUCUCCGUGUGGGAGACUAUUUGGGCCGCAAAGCACGUGUCCUCUGCCCACUAUGUCCUGUUCAUCGCGCUGGCGCUGGUGGAGGUCUACCGAGAUAUCAUCCUGGAAAACAACAUGGACUUCACAGACAUCAUCAAGUUCUUCAAUGAAAUGGCCGAGCGGCACAAUGCCAAGCAGAUCCUGCAGCUGGCCCGGGACCUGGUGCACAAAGUGCAGAUCCUGAUUGAGAACAAGUGAGGGCUGCAGCAGCCAGGCUUCCCUGCUGCCGUCUACACCUUCCCCUCCUGCAGCCCAGCACGAGGUCCUGGUGUCUGUAGACUAGUGUGGACCGUUGUGUGAGAGCCAUACCCUUGACCUUGACCACUGGACGGUGGCGCGGAGGAACCCAGCUCAGCCUUAUGUUUUCCUGUUUGACCAAAGAUUGCCCGAGACUGGGAUUUCCCCCUCUUGGGAGCUGGGGUUGUAAGUAGAGGUGGCUUCUGGGCCUGUUGUCACUGUUCCUUCCUCUGUACCUGGCAGUGUUCCAGAACAUUUAUGCCAGGCCGGCUUAAAGCAAGGUCUCCCUUAGGCAUUGCUCACAUUCAAAGUCCCAGAUGUCUGAGCAUCAUCCCUGGCUUCAAACCACCAGAUGUUACCCGUACCAUCGCCCAAGGUGACCCAAAAGUCCCUGCACAGCAGAUGUGCCCCACUAGAGAACCACUGGCUUGGUGGAGGGGCUACCGGCAUAGCCGUGUCUGUUCUCUUCGUGCUGAGUCACCUGAGGUCUGUUGCAUGGCCCAAUCAGAAGCUCACAGCUUCCCACAGUCCUGCUGGAGUCAGGUCUCACUCGCUGUGUUUUCUGAUUUUGCUCUGCCCACUGCCAGGAGACUUUUAAGAGGGCAUCCUGCGAGUGCCCUGGGGAUGCAGGAACUGUUUUUAGGAGGGAGGUGGGAGCUCCUGAUGAGAGCCUGGCCCUACUCCCCUCGCUAGGGGAGACCUCCCAGCCUUCAGCUGUGGACCUGGGCUCAGAAGCCUGUAGACUGUGUUUGUGGAAGCCCUGCUCAGGUAAACUAGCUCUUCUCUGAGUACUCAGUUCACUCACAACAGAGGAGGGACGAGCCAGGGGUUGGCCCCGGGACAGGAUUGAUCUGUGCUCCAUGAUGGUGGUCUGGGGACGGAUGGGUCUGAGAAUGGUUCCUCUCCACCUUCGUGCCAAGACCUGCCAAGCCAGACACUGUCCCGGGAUGAACUGGUGUGCCUGCUCACUAUCCCCCAGCAAAGCAGUCUGGGUGCAGCAGAAAUCAAAAGUCACAGCAGAAGCUCAUCCCCGGACCUGCAGCCUCUGGGGCAUUCAAGGAAUGUCAAGUAGGAGUUGGGAGAGGGGAGAGAGAGCAGACAGGAGUGGUUUGAAAUAUCUCCAGGGGCCUUCAGCCUGGCCCUACUCUGUAGCUUUGCGAUGUCCUUCCUCUGUCACACCCCCUGAGUCAAACUCUGCCCUCCACUCUGUGGGCAGGGUGGACAGAAUGAGCCCUUACUGCAUCUCCAUGGACAGCCCAGGGCGGCAGGAUUGGAGGCGACCUGAUGAUCAUGGUCACCUCCCAGCCAGAUCCCUCAUCUUUCUAAGAUGGGAGAAAGGGCCAGCGGAUAAAGGUUUAUUUUGCCACAGGGCGGCUGCCACAAAGGGUGGUGUUUUAGCACAGCCAAGUCCAAACCCCUGACCCUUAUUUAUUUUUGUAACUGACCAGUGUGGAGUGUAGCACAGGAUCUCCCACCACCCUUCGUGCCUCCAGCCUGUGUGCUUGUGGAUCUGAGUGCCUCCUAUUUAUUCCACUUACCAGCUGAUGUCUGUGUGUCGUGUUUUCUCCUGUCCUGGUGCCCUGGCAGUUCUCUCUUUAGUGUUGCCCAAGUGUCUUGUGUUUACUAAGAGGUGGUUCUAUUCAGAGGAAAUAUAGCUGAGUGGAAAACCUAAGUGUGGGUCUAGUUAU